CCAACCGGAAGUGCGCACGGGUCCGUGUCACAGGAGCGGCUGCGGUUGGGCACUUGCAUCACCGACAUUUGGGUUGUGAAUCUCCUGUGUGAGCCGGCAUGGCCUCUGCCCCAGCACAGCAGCCCACGCUCACUGUAGAGCAGGCUCGAGUUGUUCUUAGUGAAGUUAUCCAGGCCUUCUCCGUGCCAGAGAAUGCAGCCCGCAUGGAGGAAGCCCGUGAAAGUGCCUGCAACGACAUGGGCAAAAUGCUGCAGCUCGUGCUCCCUGUGGCCACUCAGAUCCAGCAAGAGGUCAUCAAAGCGUACGGCUUCAACAAUGAAGGAGAAGGUGUUCUCAAAUUCGCCCGACUGGUAAAGAUGUAUGAAACUCAGGACCCAGAGAUCGCAGCCAUGUCCGUGAAACUCAAGAGUCUCCUUCUGCCUCCUCUUUCCACUCCUCCUAUCGGCAGCGGCAUCCCGACCUCAUAGUAAAACACAAAACUCAUACAAUUCCAAACAGUUUUCACCUUAAAUUCAUGUUUUUUUUUCAUUUUCCCCCAAAAUAUAGGUUUUAGUCAGUUUUAAUACAGCGUUGAUGGGUGAUUUGAUCAAGUAUAAGUUGCUCAAAUCACCGAAAAUUAUUUGCAUAAAUAGAAGUAUAAUGUAAAAUGGUAAAGUAAAUGGUCACACUUUAAACAAUAUGGUUCCAUUAGUUAAUGUGUUUAUUUACUAGCAUGAACUAUUGUACAGUGUUCUUAAAUAUAGUGCAAAUAUUCACUAAUGCAUUCAAUUUCUAAAUUGCACUUGCUCAAUAAUGUUAACAAUGAUGAAUAAAUACUGUAAUAAACUCACUGUUCAUAGUAUUAAGUGCAUUAAGUAAUGCAGCCUUAUUGUAAAGUGUUGCCAAGUAAGCAGGAUAGUAAUGAACACUUACAUUCCCAUUAUCCCCAGUUAAAUACUUUUUUUUUUCACAUAUUUAUUUUUUUGUAUUUAAAUGUAUUUUGCCAUUGCUGAGUGUGUAUAUUUAUCAGGCAAAACAGACAUUAUGAAAGUCUUAUUUCUUUUUUGGAUGCUUUUUGUACGGUUUCCAUUGAUUAUGUCUCAUUUUAAUAUAGAAUAAACAUAUGUAUUUGCAUUCAUUGACAUUCUUCUUAAUAUUUGCAAAACAUCAUUGUCAUGUUAACAGUA